AUGAGCUAUGAAAAGUUGUUUUCUCGUUUCGAGGGCAACCGGGAAGCGCGGUGGGUUUCUCUGGAGGCCCAGCUGGCAGGCCUUGGAGGUCAGCAGAAGGGGAAAGUGAAGAAGGUGUUAGGACAUUUUGCUUCUGCCUCGAGCCGGUCGCUGGCGUGUGCCGCCCUCGCUGCGUGGCGAGGAUUACUAGAACAAACUAAGGCAGACAAAGCGCUGCGAGAUAUGUACGAGGAGCAGAUAGCCGAUGCAGAGCGUCACCUUCUCAGAAUGAAGGCGAGCUGCAAAGCUUUGGCGAAAGACAAUGUCGAUCACAUGGCAAAGGCCCGUGAGCAAGUUCUUCUUCAGCAGUGGCUGCUGCUCUGGCAGCGUGAGGUGGUUGCAUUGAAGUCCGACAGAGUGGCACAGGAGCAGGUGCAGCAAGUUUUGGGAAGGGUCUACACCACGGCCAAGAAGCAGGCGAGCCACACUACUCAUGUGAUGACGCGGCAAGCACGGGAGCAACAAGCAGCCCUCCUGGGCGAAACAUGGGCUCUGUGGCUCUGCUUUGUGUCCGAUUGCCGAAAGGAGACUGGAGGGGAGUCGGGUGCUGCGACUCCUCCCGAACGGAACAUCCAAGCGGCCCUGGCCCUCCCGGCGCGAGAGCAAGAGUUUUUUCUGGCUCUUCGAGAGCUCUCGCUGCAGGAGCUGGCUGGAGCUUUCCAGCGGGAGGAUGAGCUCCAGGAGGAAAUCCAGCCCGAAUCUUCAGGGCCACCACAACAUGCAAAGGGGCAAUUGGAGAACGUGGAAAUGAAGUGCAAGAGGCUCAGAGCCGAAGGCAGCUUCCUGGCCCAGGCCGAGCGUUACGCAGAGGCGUUGCAGCACUGGGAAGAAGCUUUGCUUUUCACUGAAGACAUCUUUGAACGAGCCCCGGUAUUGGAGCAGAUGGCUCAGGUGCUGCUCAUACUGGAGAGGCCAUUCGACGCAAUCAGGACUGCGGAGCAGGCCGUCGAAAGCCGGCCACUUUGGUACGCGGGCCACCUGACCUUGGGCCGAGCACUGCUAAAUUUCGGCGAGCUCGAGAGGGCGGUGGAGUGCCUACGUCGGGGCGCAUCCUUGUUGGAGGCUCAAGUCCAAGACAAAGGCAACUCAAGCGAUGCCGAGGAGCUUACCGAGAUUCGCCUCGAGCUUGCUGAAGCCGAGAAGCUCUAUGCAGAGGUACGAGACCGUGCGAAAAGCACUUCGGAGCAGGUGAUCAUCAAUGGUCGUGUUGUUGAAUCGCACUUCUGGGAGACGGCUCACCGCGUGACCUACGAUAAGGAUGGAAGACCCACCACUCACUAUCCAAGUGGAUGA